GACUUCGAAUUCAUCAUUCCUUCCUCCAUCCUUUCCUUCGUCUGUGCCGUUACUUCCGUCCCGUAAUACCAGCCACCACUCGCACCCGCUGACCGGCCGCCGCGCUUGACUUCACCACUUGUCCAGCCUCUGACGCGUCAUCGAACCUCACCAUCGGCCGCUUCCCAGCUUUCUUAAAGACUGUUACACUCGACCGCCCGGCCUUUUACACCACUUCAGCAUCUACUCGGUUGUUUGCACUCCGCAGCUUGAAUCGGCCCUUUCUCCCACUUUCCAGUGAACCCUUCAUCUAGGCAGCUUCACUCGGACAUCCCUCACCAGUUUCCACGCCAUUUAUCUACCUCUGCCACGUUUCACGAAGCUGCGGCUACUUGCCUGGCUAUAAUACACUUCCCACCACCAAAUCGACAAUCCGCACAUCAUAAUGCGGUGCACAGCAAUUGCAGCCGCCGCGGCGAUAUUGGCCGUGUCGGAGGCAAUCAAUCUGGUUCAGCGAGAUGUCCCCUCCGUCGUGAGCCUCGACAUCCAGCGCCGCCAUGUAGAAGACCCUCUCGCGCGCGAGCGCAUUCGUCGCAAACGCGACACCGUCCAAGAAACCCUCGACAACCUCGAGACGCUCUACUUCGCCAAUGCCUCGCUAGGCACGCCCGCGCAAACCCUCCGUCUGCACAUCGACACCGGCAGCUCCGAUCUCUGGGCCAAUGCCCAGUCCUCCGCCCUCUGCUCUGGGAACAGCGACCAGUGCGCCGACUCCGGCACCUACGACGCAAACUCGUCCUCAACCUACACCUUUGUCAACUCCGACUUCAAUAUCUCUUACGUGGACGGUUCCGGCGCGUCGGGCGACUACGCCACGGACACAUUCCACUUUGGCGGACAGGCUAUCAAGGACUUGCAGUUCGGAAUCGGUUAUGUAUCGUCCUCGCCUGAGGGUAUCUUGGGUAUUGGCUAUGCCGUAAACGAAGUCGAGGUGCAGCGCGCAGGCGGGCAGCCGUACUCCAAUCUCCCGCAAAAGCUCGCCGACGACAAGACUACCAAUUCGGUCGCUUACUCGCUCUGGCUGAACGACCUAGACGCCAGCACCGGCUCCAUCCUCUUCGGCGGCGUGGAUACCGAGAAGUAUACUGGCAACCUGCAGACCCUACCCAUCAUUCAGGAAGGCGGACAGUACGUCGAGUUCAUCAUUGCGCUGACCGCUAUGGGCGUCAACGGCAAGCAGGGCAGCCUCUUCGACAAUGAGAACGUCCCUGUUCUGCUCGACUCCGGCUCCUCACUCAUGUACCUACCGGACUCCCUCGUCGAAAAUCUCUACAAGCAAUUCAACGCCCAGUACGACAGCUCUCAGGGCGCUGCCUUCGUCGACUGCAGCCUAGCAAGCGACUCCACAACCCUCGACUUCAAAUUUAGCUCGCCGACCAUCUCAGUCCCCAUGAACGAGCUCGUCGUCGUAGCUGGCUACCAGCGCGGCCAGCCUGUGUGCAUCCUCGGCAUCGCCCCCGCCGGCGACUCCACCUGCGUGCUCGGUGACACCUUCCUCCGCUCCGCCUACGUCGUCUACGACCUCUCCAACAACGAGAUCUCCCUGGCCCAGACAAACUUCAACGCCACAAAGUCCAACAUCAUGGAGAUCAAGGCCGGCGCCGCCGGUGUGCCCGACGCCUCGGGUGUCGUGAACGCUGUGUCGACCGUCAGCGGCUCGCCGUCCGGCGGCGCGCGGAACGGGCAGCCGACCGUCAUCGUGACGGGCGUCGUGACGGCGACUGGUGCCGCGGGAACCGCGGGCGCAGCCACGAAGACGAGCACGGCGCUGGCGGCGGCGGUGACGGGGAGCUGGGCGGGCGCGGUCGUGGGUGCGGGAGCGGUGGUUAUGGGGAUGUUGUAGUAGGUUGGGUGGCGACUUAUCGAUUAUUGAAAAUCUGAGUGGUUUUUUUUUUUCUCUCUUUGGAAAUGAGAUCUAGAUGCAUUUCUAGGCAUGGGGAUUGCAUUCGGCGGCGUUUUUUUUUGGGGUGUGAGGUUUUUUUGCUUAGUUGGACCAUGCACGUUCGUUUAGAGGAGUGGAUAUGUAACUUUUACUGAAAAGAUGAGAGAGGAGAGGAGGGAGGUGGGAGGGCUGUAUAUUAAAAUUCUUGGAUGGGUUGAGAAUGAAAUGAGAUUUAGCGAUUGGCUUGGGUUUGCUGGUAUGCUGUGUUUCUGACUCCGGAGUUUGAGGCUGGAGGAUAGGGUAGGUUAAUAGGGUAGGUAGGACGCGUAAGUCACAUUUAGCAAAGCAUCGUCCUCCGG